GAGAGUCACGUGAUGAAGCUCCAGGUCAGCUGCUCAGCGCAGGGCAAAGAUGGCGAUAUUCAGUGUGUAUGUUGUUAACAAGGCUGGGGGGCUCAUUUACCAGUACGAUAACUAUGUUCCCAGAACAGAAGUGGAGAAAACCUUCAGCUUCCCUUUAGAUAUUGUGUUAAAGAUUCACGACGAGAAGGUGAUCGUGUCGUUCGGACAGCGCGACGGGAUCCGAGUUGGUCAUGCUGUUCUUUCUAUUAAUGGAGUUGAUGUGAACGGCAAAUACACAGCAGAGGGGAAGGAGAUACUGGAAUACUUGAAGGACCCCUCAAACUAUCCGGUGUCUAUACGCUUUGGCCGAGCACGGCUGAGCUCAAAUGAGAAACUGAUGCUGGCUUCAAUGUUUCACUCGCUGUUUGCUAUUGGUUCACAACUGUCACCAGAAGCUGGCAGUUCAGGAAUUGAAAUGCUGGAAACAGAUAUGUUUAAACUACAUUGCUUUCAGACACUCACAGGUAUCAAAUUCAUUGUCCUGGCAGAUCCUCGGCAGUCUGGCAUUGAUGCACUUUUGAGAAAGAUCUAUGAAAUCUAUUCAGACUUCGCUUUGAAGAAUCCCUUCUACUCUCUGGAGAUGCCCAUCAGAUGUGAACUAUUUGACCAGAAUCUAAAGAGCGCCCUGGAAAUAGCAGAGAAGGCUGGAACAUUUGGACCAGGCUCCUGAACUCAAAUAAAUGGUUUAUACUUGGUUAUGGAGUAAAACAUGAACUUUAUUAUGUUGAAGAAACACCUGUAUAUAUGGAUAUGUUGCUGGUGUGUGGAUUUUUCUAAGCCAUGUUACAAAAACAAGGAAUCAUCAGCUUGAAACCUUUGGAAACAUGGAUGAAGCCGUGCUGCAUUUAUGUGGAAGUCUGUGUUUAUCUCACUGUUAUUGACUUGUCUUUACCUGCUGGACCCUGACAUUUUGUUAGAAUGGUAAAAAUAAAUGUAUGUACAAUAUGAUUUAACAGCCCAGUUCACAGCUCUAAUGACAGCAUGUAAUGGCAUUAAAAUAUGUUAAUAAAAUUAUAGUAAACAUAUCAAAUAUCAAAACCUUUUAGCCUUUAUUGCACAAAUUAAUGAAUCCAAGCUGAAAUUAAAAUAAAAAACAGCAGUGUGUAACAA